CUAACCACUGGUAUAGUAAAGUAAAAAUAUAAAAUAGCAAAAAACCAUUACUGACUAUUUUUGUACUUACUUUUAUUCUUAAUUACAUUGAAAGUAUCUUUUAGUCAUCUAGCUAGAUCUAGUAGCGCCAUUGCAAACUUGCCAAACUUCUAAAAGUAUAUGCAACUAACUUCACUUUAUUGUUCGAUCAUCCAUCGUUCAUCAAUCAAGCGGUCGAAUAAUUCGUAAUUUUGCUUUAAUUUUUCACAUUUGUGCCAAUCGUUACGUUAAUUUAGUGUUCUUAAUUUGUUUAAAGUCGGUGGAUAUUUAUAAAUGUAAAUAAUCAUUCUGUUGUGUUUGCAAACGUGCAUAUGCUUUGUUGUGAGAACCACCUUUAUCUGCUGUCAUCCUGAGCUGUAGCAACUGAAUUUUUCGAUAAUGAAACAUAAGUUAUCCUUUGCAUGGUAGGUUAUCGAUAGAACUAGAGUACAAGAAUAAGAACAGGGGAUUCAGUUGUUGAUGUGUCGUGAUGAGAGUGGUGUUCUUACACGGAGCAGUUAUCGGGAGAAUGUGUGGUGGCGUUUAGCCUUAGUGGCAGAGGACGUCAGAAAUAGGAUCCAGCAUGGAAUCGGUGAAGGACGAAGAACGAAUGCGGCGGCUGCGCGCCCUGGAGGAGCAGCUGUACGACCCUCGCUCCACCGGCAACGUGGACUGCCUGCUCGACACUGUGACUGCGCUCGUCUCCGAUUGUGACCACCCGGCUAUACGACGUAUGAAGAAUGUCGAGGCCUACACCAGCAGAUAUGAAACAUUUGCAUCAGACAUUAUAGAUCUGCGUAUGAAAGCCGCAGAUUUUGAUUUGAUCAAGGUAAUUGGCCGAGGUGCAUUUGGUGAAGUGCAGCUAGUCAGACACAAGUCUACACGUCAGGUAUAUGCCAUGAAGCUACUCAGUAAGGUUGAAAUGAUUAAGAGAUCUGACUCUACUUUCUUUUGGGAAGAACGGCAUAUAAUGGCACAUGCAAACUCCGAGUGGAUAUUAAAGCUACAUUUUGCUUUCCAAGACCACAAGUAUCUGUACAUGGUGAUGGAUUACAUGCCUGGGGGUGACCUUGUUAGCUUAAUGUCAAAUUAUGAUAUACCAGAAAAAUGGGCAAAGUUUUAUACAAUGGAAAUUGUCCUAGCCUUAGAUGUGAUUCAUGGUAUGGGUUUUGUACACAGAGAUGUCAAACCAGACAACAUGCUAAUUGAUAAAUAUGGUCAUCUCAAGCUAGCUGACUUUGGCACUUGUAUGAGAAUGGGGCCUGAUGGUCUAGUGCGUGCCAGCAAUGCUGUAGGAACUCCAGAUUAUAUUUCACCAGAAGUUUUGCAGUCACAAAAUGGAGAAGGAGUGUAUGGUCGCGAGUGUGACUGGUGGGCUGUGGGAAUAUUUUUAUAUGAAAUGCUUAUUGGUGAUCCUCCCUUUUAUGCUGACAGUUUAGUUGGCACAUAUGGUAAGAUUAUGGACCACAGGAAUUCUCUUCAAUUUCCUGAUGAUGUGGAAAUUUCUAAGGAUGCUAAAUCUCUUAUCAGGGGCCUUUUAACCGAUAGAGUUAAAAGAUUGGGUAAAAAUAGUGUUGAUGAAAUCAAGCAACAUCCAUUCUUUAUAAAUGACCAGUGGAGUUUCGAGAACCUUAGAGAUUCUGUUCCACCUGUGGUCCCCGAGUUAUCUAGUGAUGAUGAUACAAGAAACUUUGACGACAUGGAGAAGUCUGAUGCUUUAGAUGAAUCAUUUCCUGUACCAAAAGCAUUUGUUGGUAAUCAUUUGCCUUUUGUAGGCUUUACUUAUAAUGGUGAUUAUCAGCUAUGCAGUAGAGGAUUAAAGGCAGCCGAUGUAGUAGACACUAUUUCUAAUAAUCAUAUUAACAAUGUUGGAUCUGAAGCUAUAUUGCAGCUAGAAAAGCUUCUCGAGAGAGAAAGAGAUGGUCGGCGAAAAUUAGAAGAUACCCAAGUCACUCUAUGUGCUCAGUUAGAAGAACUAUCGCAGAGGGAAGCCAGAAACAAGAAAAUAAUAGCUGAAACUGAUAAAGAGUUAGCAUUAUUAAAGCAUGAUCUGAAGGAAUUGCAAAGAAAAGCUGACAUAGAAUCGGAGACAAGACGAAAAGCUGAAUUCAACCUAAAUGAGGCGAAACGGCGGCUUGAUGAAGAACAAAGCAAGCGAGCUAAAGAAAUUAACAAUUUGCAAACUUAUAAUGAUAAAAUCAAUGCCUUAGAAAUGCAGUUGACAGAGUUACGUGAAAAAUUAAAACAAGAAGCGGAAGCUGCGUCUAAGUCAAGAAAACAAGCGGCAGAAUUGACCGCUGCGCAGGCCGCAGCCGCUGCCGUCAAUGACGGCACCCUGGCGAGCUUGCGAGCUCAGCGGGACAAUCUGGAAAGGGAACGCAUUACCCUCUCUGAAGAGCUGGCUACAGUGAAAGCAGCUAAACAACGAUCGGAUGCGGCGGUGGCUGACGCUACUAGCAGACUGAAUGCGGCACACGCAGAGAUGGAACGGUCCUCUACCAGACUAAAUCAGAUCAUGGCUGAUAACAGGCAGCUGUCAGAGCGGGUUACAACGUUAGAGAAGGAGUGUGCCUCUUUAGCCCACGAGCUUCGCGCCGCUAAACACAUGUACCAGCAAGAAGUGCGUGCCCAUCAAGACACACAGCGGUCGCAGCUGCUCUCUAAACAGGAAGCUAAUCUGGAGCUAGUCAAAGCACUACAGUCCAAAUUGAACGAAGAGAAGUCGGCGCGGCAGCGGUCUGAGUCAGUGUGUCAAGAGAAAGAUCGUCAGAUGUCUAUGCUUAGUGUAGACUACCGGCAGAUGCAGCAGCGCCUGCAGAAGCUGGAGGGUGAACACAGACAGGAGACAGAAAAGGCGAUGGGGCUGGCGGCGUCGCUGGAGCAGGAGCGCGCGGCGCGGCUGGCGGCGGGCGGAGAGGUGGCGGCGGCCGAGGCCGCGGCGCGCGCCGCGCAGGCCGAGCGGGACGCGCGCGCGCGCGAGCUGCACGCCGUGCGCGCCGCGCUGCACGACCACGCCGAGAAGCUGGCCGCCGCCGCCGCCGAGCGGGACAUGCACGCCAACAGGAGCGAGGAGCUCCGGCAGCAGCUGGAGACCGAGCAGCACUACUGCUUCGUGUACAAGAGCCAGUCCAACGACAUGCGCCUCAUGCUGGAGGAGAACACGCGAGCGGCGCGCGACGCUGAGCAGGAGCGCGCCAGCCUGCUGCACCAGCUGCAGCUCGCCAUCGCGCGCGCUGAUUCCGAGGCCAUCGCCAGGUCGAUAGCUGAAGAGACCGUAGGCGAGUUGGAGAAGGAGAAGACGAUGAAGGAGUUGGAGAUGCGUGACGCGCUGUCGCAGCACCGCAGCGAGCUGGCGGCGCGCGACGCGCUCGUGCAGGGGCUGCGCGACCGCGACCACGAGAACAGGGCCACCAUCGACCUGCAGCGGAAGGAGGUUGACGAGCUCCGCCGCAGUGGCACCGCUCUGGCCGAGCGCGUGGCCACGCUUCAGCGUCUGCAGGAGGAUGUAGAUCGUCUCAACAAGAAGCUCAAUUCUGAGAUCAUGCUCAAACAACAAGCUGUUAACAAACUUGCCGAGAUAAUGAACAGGAAAGACAUGAACCCUACGACUACGAAAAACAAAAGCAAGAUGUCCGUGCGUAAAGACAAGGACUACCGCAAGCUGCAGCAGGAGCUGACGCGCGAGAAGGAGAAAUUCGACCAGCACAUCUCAAAGCUGCAGCGUGACCUGCAGGACUGCCAGCAGCAGCUGCUCGACGAACAGUCCACACGGCUGCGGCUUGCUAUGGAGGUCGACAGCAAGGACGUAGAAAUAGAGCAAUUGAAAGAAAAACUGGCGGCCUUAACAAGUGAGACAGCGUCGCAGUCGUCCGCCGACGCCGAGGACGGCGAGACCGAGCAGACGCUGGAGGGCUGGCUGUCCGUGCCCUUCAAGCAGAACAUACGCCGGCAUGGCUGGAAGAAGCAGUAUGUAGUCGUGUCCUCCAAGAAGAUCAUAUUCUAUAAUACGGAGAACGACAAGCAGAACACCACGGACCCCGUCAUGAUACUUGAUUUGAGCAAGGUGUUCCACGUGCGCUCGGUAACGCAGGGCGACGUGAUCCGCGCGGACGCCAAGGACAUCCCGCGCAUCUUCCAGCUGCUGUACGCGGGCGAGGGCGAGGCGCGCCGCCCCGGCGACCAGGCCGACCUGCCGCAGGAGGCCGCCGACCACGCCGGCAACACGGUUCAACAUAAAGGCCACGACCUGGUCAGCAUCACGUACCACAUCCCGACUGCGUGUGAGGUGUGCACUCGUCCGCUGUGGCACAUGUUCCGGCCGCCUCAAGCCUAUGAAUGCCGACGUUGCCGGAUGAAGAUCCACGCCGAGCACGUUUCUGAGGGCGAGGGCGUAGCGGCGUGCAAGCUACACGCGGACCGCGCGCGCGAACUGCUGCUGCUGGCGCCGGCCGCGCAGGAGCAGCGCCGCUGGGUGGCGCGCCUCGCCCGCCGCGUGCAGCGCUACGGCUACCGCGCCGCGCACCACACCAACCACGACCACACCAAGCUCUCGCCCAGGGACUCGAUGCGCUCCAACCUGAAGUCGGCGUACAUGAAUGCGUCGCAGCGCAGCUCCACGUUGCCGGCCAACGCGUCGCUCCCCCGCCAGUGAGCCCGCACGGUACUUGAACCCCUAUCGACCCCGAGCAUGGGCCCGUCUCAUCGUGUAUUAUCACUUUUUGCGUGUACUUGAUUUUAAUAGUGAGUCGCUUCGUUUAUCGUGCCUUGGUUUUUGUACUAACACUAUUUUCGAACAUUUUAUUCUACGGGGCCUAGAAUAUAUUCUGUUAUUUGGAAAACUAAUUGAAUUUAUAGUAUCUUACUGUUGAUCGAAGUACUUUUCGAUAAGUACUUAGGAUAUCUUGUUACGAACGCUGUUAUUUAAUAUUUUUUUAACCGUCGGAGAAGCUCGAUUCUCGGCUAAUUCGCUGGCAUUUGAUCUGGCAUUUAACAAUAUUUACAUUUUGAAUCUUUCAGAAUUUUCUAUCCAAAUUUCAUUUAAAUUUGUAAAUUAACUAGUCUUAAAUAAGUUAAAGUAUUUUUGUCUAAAUUUUUAUAAGAUUUCGGCAUGAUUGCUGUGAUAGUUAUUAUUGAAAAUAUUAAUAUUUUGUACUUAUCAAAGUUGUACCGUCACCACAUAAGUUUUCUUUGGGUUGAAUUGAAAAAGAAAAGAAAUGGAAAGCUGAUUGUCGUGUUGAAAUCUCAGAUGCAAUGGUGCUAUGAUGUGCAUUAGUUGCAAGUUGUUCCGAUAUUAUAUGACAUCAGCUUUACGAAGCACUUGCUGUGGAAAACAAUUCAAAUGUUUAUGGAUCAUAAGGAUUGGGUCGUGUAAAUAUUAGCCGUGUUGAUAUUAUUAUGUUUUGUAUACUUAUAUUGCGGUUUUGGAUGUGGUUGUAGGUUGCGCACGGCAGCCGCGUUGUCUACGUAAACAAGUGGGCAGUGUCACACUAGCUUUUGAAGCUUUUGUCAUUUAAAUUAAUGGGAUAAAAACUAAUUAUCAUUAUUGUUCAUUACACUGUCAAUGCGAGUUGAACACAAAUCAUUGACUAGUGAGAUAAAAACUGGUUAUUUUUCAAUAAUAUUUUUGUACAAUUUAUUGAACCAGUAGAGCAUUUUUAUUAUAAUGUAUUUUGUUACGUUUUUAUUUUUAACAGCACUUAAUGUUUAUUCAUUCAGUAUGUUGUAUAUCGUAUACUAUUGUUGUAUAUACAUAGAUAUCAUACGAGGAGCUGUUACUGGAUCGGUAUACACGACAGUUUGAUCUAUCCUGAUAUACAAAGCAAAAGACCAUAAUUAGCGGCUCAAGUCAGGGCGAGCAGUCACACUGUUUCAAAAACAUUUAGUUAUAGAUAUGGGAAUUGAUCCUACCAGGAAUUGACUUACCAAUUUUUUAUCUAUUGUUAAACAACCUAGUUAAACAUAUAUCAUGUUAAAUGAAUUGUAGCAAAUUAUACUAACAGAUUCAGGGACCCUUAUGUUAGAUUAAGUACACAAGUAAGACAAUUCACAACACGCGAGUGUUGCAAAUUAACGAAGGAACCGUGCCAUAGGUGUUUUUGUUUUAGUGAAUCGUCUCAUAAUUAUAUUUGCUCAAGUGAAAUACCUAGUUCUUCUAACUAAAUUCCGCGACGUUACUUAAUUAUGUAAGUUUCUGAAAGGGCUUCCUUGAAAUACAUGAUCAAUUUUUUCUAGACUAUUGUGUAGUUAGCUGAUGAGCUUAAAAAAAUGUUUAGAUAAAAAUUUAAAAUUUACAAAAUUUUGCUAAAACAUAUUCUGUAUACUUAACUGUGGCACCUACUGCAAACCAAUUUCUUUUGCACGAAAAUAUCAGCAAUCAGUAUCCGGAUCUUUAAUAUUUUCGUAUUGGCACGAAUUGUGAUAAGUGCCAAACUUAAAACAUUUUUUGAAUCACCGAGUCGGCUAUAAAAUAAAUUGUGUUUAACUUUUAUAUCGUUUACAAAAACAUUGUUAGGACUAACGCAUUAGAUGUAAAAUUACGUGUUACGUAAAGAGGUAUUGAAACACCAAUUUUAAAUGAGCCUUGUAACCUCGUGUACAAUUGAUGUCGUUAAGUUGUGAGUAUAAAGUACAAAGGUAGUUGAAACGGUUCACAACUAUUCAUAUUUUGAUGACAAACUCGGCUGUAUUAAUUAAUCUAGUUACCUGAUACCGUCACGCUCAAUGUACUCAUACGAGAACACGUUAAAGUGAGCUGAGAAUAUAUUUUUUACGUUUUGACAAUAACAUUAACUUUUAACAUCAAACUUUCUUACUGAUAGGUAUAUUUGGCUAUAAAUAUUUCUGCAACGAUUAGUGAUGUAGAGGGAUAGGUGACCGAUUCAUGUAAUGUGUGAAGGCUUAGGACAGCUGUGAUAAAUAGACGUGUUUACGUCUGUAGUCCAGUCAAAUGGCGAGCGGUUCCGAAGUGGCCUCGACUAUUGAUCGACCGUCUUUAAUAUACAGGGGAUAAAAAGACAUUUUGCGAAUAUCAAUAAUAUUUAUAAUGUAUUAAAGGUUGUAUUUGAUAUGUAUUUACAAAUAAAAGUAACGUUUCGAGGCUCGCUGGUAAAUCGCUAAGUUACAAAUUUAACUGGAUUACGGACCCCCGUGGUGCUAGAAGGAAACAGGCCUCCGACGCAUUGUUGUUACUAUUAGUUCUUGUUAAAUAUUAUAAAAUACCCUGUUUAAUAUUGCUCUACACAUUGUUUACAUUCCUGCAACGAAAACUAUGUUGAGUUUUGUUUUCCUUAGUUUUAUAUUGACUCAAGUUCUCUGUUCUGUCGCAUAUCCAGUUAUCGCUUUGUUUUUCUUUUAGAUGUAAGUUCGGAACAAUCUCUUCAUUCAUGUUGACAUGCGAAUUAUAAAAUUACGUACUUAAAGUUUAAAAGAAAUUGCAAUUUCGUCGUUGUGUUUACGCUUAUUUUUGAGAUGCAUUUUAUUUUUAUUACGGCAGCUUAUGCAUUGUAUUGUGCGUGUACUUCAUUCCAUAUUAUUUCAUGAGAUGUAUUUUGUGUUUCAUGUGUUCGGUUUUAUUAUUACCAAAGAAGUUUCAAAAAUAACAUAAAAAGCUGUUGAUUUUGGAUUCUAAUAGCCUUGAUUUUUGUUCCAUGUCUCGUCAUUAAUAUUAAUUCCAUGUAAUAAUAAUAAUAUUGUUAUUUACUAUGCAUAAUUCUGAUAACCUGAUUUUACUAUUCUAGAUGACAUUUUUCGGGAGUAUUUUUCUCGACAACCGCAGCAAUAUAACGGCGCGGUAAUAGAAAUACUCCCAAAUUGUCUUAUAUAACAAUAACUGAUAUUAUGUAAAAUCAUUAUGUAAAUUAUUUAUUAUCGAAUUAAAUCAUUUAUUGUAACGUUUUAUUUAUCUACUAAAAUUGUAAGUUCCUAACUAGCUUUUCAUAUUUUGUAAAGAAAUUUUUUCAAGUAGCUUUUUGCUAAUAGAGAGGACAUUUCGUAUAAUCCAUCGUACAUUUUAUAAUAUAAUUGAUAUUGAAUUUAUAAUUUGGAAUAUGGUUUGGAUAAUGCUGUAAUGUAGUGGAGCAGCCCGCGUGGCGGCGCUCGGCUUGCGAUAGUGACACGCAAUACUAAUAACGUGCCUUAGCUACGGCUCACCCCAUAUCAUGUAGGCUUAUAUAUUAUGAAACCUGUCAUUAUUUUAGUGUAAAUACGCUUUUUAUUCAACCGAUAUUUUAUGGAUUUUGAAACACUUGUAAAUUGUAAAGAUUAUUAAUUUUAAGGUAAUUAAUGCCCAAUAGCUAAUAAGUACUAUUUUUAAAAUAAAAAUAACA